CACGAGUCGGAGAGGGCCCGAGCUCCUGCCUCCAAAAGACCAUCGCCUUCCGCUCUGUUGUCUGUGGAGAGAGUUGUUUCCAUAAGCCACAGGUCUCCUCGUCAAGAAGGUUCGAGAGAACAGAAAUACUCCAGUAAAUCAGGUCAUCUCCGCCACCGGCUUCGUAAUGUCGCAACUUCCAUACGCAAUCGACGCCGAGACGCCGCUGGCCCCGGCGGAACUGGCGGUACUGCGCCAGCAGUAUGAGAGCGAAGGCGACAUGGUUGGCGUCCAGACAAAGUUCAACUACGCAUGGGGGCUAGUGAAAUCCAACGCCCGCCAUGAGCAGCAUCUCGGCGUGAUGCUGCUCGCUGAGAUCUUCCGGACAUCACUCGAGCGACGCCGCGAAUGCCUCUACUACCUCGCCCUGGGUAAUUACAAGCUCGGCAACUACGCGGAAGCGAGAAAAUACAACGACCUGCUGCUCGACAAGGAGCCUGGAAAUCUGCAGGCGGCCAACCUGCGGUCGCUGAUCGAUGACAAGGUGGCCAGGGAGGGACUGAUGGGCGUCGCCAUCGUGAGCGGCGUGGCAGUCGUGGCUGGCAUCGUGGGCGGCGUGCUGCUACGGAACCUGGGGCGGAAGAGGUGAAGCCUGUUCCCCCGCCAGAUUAGUCGGUGAGAUGUACACAUGGAACGGUGAAGCAGCGCAUCCUCACGGUUUUGAACGGGGCGGGCACUGUAUUUGUACAGGUACAAGGCGGCAUGAUGGCUUUCUUUGGCGUGGAAUUGUUCCUUGAAUUGCGGGGAAUGCGGCACGAGCACGAUACCAACUCAUGCGACAGAUCAACAUAUAAUGAGAAAUUACCUACUCAUGGGACUGGAUCCGGGAAUGUCGGGUACAAGUGAUGUCGUGGCACGUCUCUCAGACCAGUUCACCCCGCUCUCUGCCUAAAAGCACCGCACUUGGAUAAAGUGAAACUGUCUGGCCUGAGGCUGCCCUGAAAAUGAGGCUGGCUCUUAACUCGUA